AGCGAAACCUAAGGGCCAUCCGAGGGCCAUACCACCGUACCAAUUCCCCUAGUGCCUUUUGUCCGUGCGGUGUCGAGUGAUGUGAUUCACGCACGGCUGAUUCGUGGCAUCGUUUCGCGGUGUAGAUAGAAGAAAAGUAGUGUGGGAGGGAAGGAAAAAUCACACCAAAGCUUUGUGGAGGCUCCUAAAUUAUCCGAAACGCUUACCUCGCGCGGGUGUGCUUUUUGUGUGCUGUUCUGGUGUAAUUUACAUAUGAUCAUUACAACAUCGCGAUCGUGGCUCUUCGCGUGCUGGACGGGGUCGCGAUCGUGUUUACGUUCCCCGGUCGAGAACCGGAUCCGGUCGCCGGUUACGUUGGUGCGGAUCGAGCCGAUUAUGAUGAUGUUGCUCUCUUUUUGCAGCUCGCUUUCGACCGCGACGAGCGAAUAGAAAGAAAAGGCGAGUAAAAAAAAACCCAACUCCAAAAAAAGAAAAAAAAAACAACAAAACACCAUCACCCACGGGGUUUUGAGCGAGUGCGAACGCGAAACAGUUAGAAAGUGCGAGCUUAAAUGCAUCUUGUGACAGCAGCCCCAGCGUGUACCUAAUGAACAGAAACAUGAAACGGCAGCUGGAAAAGUUCAAAGAGGAACUCAAAUCGAACCUAUCCCGGUCCAGCAAGGCGGAGAAAAAUGCCGACGGGCUGCAGGAAAUCGAGCGUGAGGUCGACCGGUACAAAGACAUUCUGCAGAACCUCAACAAGCGGAUAGCGACGAACGUGUCUGCUGGCCAGCCCCAGGAUGCGGUGGCACGCGAGAAACGCUACAAGAAGGUACCGGAGUUCCAGCUCGGCCAGCUGAUGGAGGAAUCGGUCAAGGAUCUACCCUCCGGUCUGCUGAAGGAUGUGCUGGAUACGUGCGCACGCGUCGAGAAGCGAAUAGCGACGGAAAACGUCAACAGCGAGGUGAAUGUGGAAAAUUCCGUCAGCAAAAACCUCAACGACAUCAUCGAGCGUCACUUGUCCACGAUCCAGAAGCAGAAGCGCGUCGUCACCAAGUGCCACCAGGAGUACGAAGCUUCGCGGCAGAAGUAUGAUUCGGCCCAACGAAACAGCGAUCAGGUUGGGAAUCAGGCAAAGAUCAUCCAGCUGAAAGAUGACCAGGAGGAGCUGCACACGAAGCUCGAGAAGGAGCGCGAUCUGUACGAAUCGUACAUGUACGAGCUGCUGGCGGAGGAGGAAAACAUUGCACUGUUUGUGAAGGAGUACGUCAAACACCAGGAGCUGUACUUCACGUUGGUGCUGCGUGAGAUUCAGCAAACCAUGCGGAGCAUGGACGGGUUGUUCCGUCGUAAAAAUAAGCAAAUCUUCAACACGCCCCUGCGGGAUCAUCUGAAGGCGACGGAUCGUAAAAUUGCUUACGUGAUUGAGCUGUGUGUUUGCUGCCUGCUGGAGAAGGGCCUGUACGAGGAAGGGCUGCUGCGGGUCGGAUGUGCGUCAUCCAAGCUGCGGCGUAUGAUUUCCGCCAUCAAUGCCAACUACGUGUCGCCACCGUUGGCGGAUAAGUACUGCGAUCCGCACGUUGUGGCCGGCGUGUUAAAGAAAUACCUCCGUAGCCUACCGGAUCCGCUGCUCACGUUCGAGUUCUACCAGAGCUUCGUACAUGCGGCCCAGAAACCGAGCGACGCUCAGCGUAAAGCGGCCAUCCUCGAUAUUGUGAACCAGCUGCCGCGGGAAAACUACGACAACCUGCGCUACCUGACCAAGUUCCUGUCGUACCUGGCGGAGAAGAAUCAGGAGAACAAGAUGUCGCCGCAAAACAUUGCGAUCGUGAUGUCGCCCAAUUUGCUGUGGUCACCGAACGAGAAUGAAAACUACAUGGAUCAGGUGAACAGUACGGCGACGGUUAAUACGAUUGUCGAGGCGCUCGUUGCUGACUGGUCGUUUUUCUUCGAUGGUGAAGUGAAUUUUUACGUCAGCAUGACGCGGGACGCCCUGUUCCCGGAUAAUGGGGGGUUUCCCUUCGACAAAGACCAGAACGUUCGGAUUGUUCCUAGCGGCGGUGACAUGAUGUCCCGGUCGAUGUUUGUUACGUCGUCCACCGCUGGCCAACAGACGGUGGCGAUGUCGACGACGGGCGGUAGCAGUCAGGACGAGCUUCGAUUCGGCCGCGGUGAAGGUGGCGGUGGAGUAGGAGAGGCAGGUGGAGGAGGAGGAGGAGGGCGCGGAGGAUCGACAGUGUCACAUUCCCGCAGCAGCAGCCACGAUACUAGUCUAAUUCUAAUCAAUAGUAGUAAUAACAAUCACAGCGGCAGUGGCAGUGGCGGCAGUACCGAUCAGCUGAAAUAUCGCAGCCAAUCGAACAGCUCGCUGUCGGAUCAUUCCAGUCCACCGCAGGAGAACAGCCCGAAGCUACCGAUUAGACGCAAGCACAAUAAGCAGGUGGCUCCGACGCCACCGGAAAAUCAUCACUACAAGGCGUCCCGGGAAGUCAACAACAAGCUGCAUUCGACGCACUAUUUCAAGCAGCUGAGCAGCUCGACGACAGCGGCGUCCGUUGGUGGCAACCAUACCGGGGAUGGGGACGAAGGAUUUGCAUCGUUGCAGCAUCAGGCGUAUAAACAGGCUCAGGCCGAAUAUGAUCGCCAGCCGAUGCUGCGUGCCGAGAGCCACGACAAUUUGUUGAAGCUGAAGACGACAGACAAGAUCCCGCCGCCCAGGCCGGCCGCCGUAAGCGUCGAUAGUCAGGUGUUGAGCAAAAUCAAGGCCAGUGUAGCGAGUAGCACUCAACAGCAGCAACAACAACAGCAGCAGCAGCAGCAGCACCAAAACAAGCAACCAAAUGCUCCCAAUUGUGAUACAACUAGCGGUAGUAGUAGUAAGGAGAACAAGGAAAACAACAACAGAGCGGCUGCUGCGGGAGCGGUCAGUAUCUUUCCUCCGUUGAAACCUGUGGCCCUUCCGAGGACUACCAUCCCAGGACCAUCGUCAAAGGUCAGUGGUGUUGCCAGCGGAAAUGGAACUGCCAGCCAUGACGACGUUGGGGACACGAGUGCGUUAGGUGGAUCGGCCGGUGGCGGUGUCGUGAUUCGAGAAAAACCCAUCAUCCCCGAGCGGCCAGCAACGCUGAUGCGUCCGAUGAGCUUUAAGGGCUCGAUACCUGAGAUAUCUAAGGUCAGCGAGGGCACCAACACGAUCAUCAGUGGGCUGACGUCGUCGUCGGCGAGUUCUCUGAAGAAAGCGCAGAGCUUCCGGGGUGAAACUAGUGCCGGCAGUCGAGCGACGGAGAAAUCAUCCGAUCUGGAGCGAGGCACGCUUGAACGAACGCAGAUUUAUAAUAUCGACAAGCAGCAGGUCGCGUUCAUCGAUGUAGUGGAGCGAUCCUCGGACGACGAUCACGGUUCGGGGCAUCCAAAGACUAAGCAAUCGGGAGUACGAAAGGAACGGCCUGACCCGCUUCCGGCAAUCAAUCAUCAGGUGGACACCACGGUGUCUUCCAGCAGCGUGGUUCCCCAGGGAACGCCACCUCUUGCCAUGAUGGAAUCGACGGGUUCGUUGGGCAGUGACAUUCAAUCGCCCGUCAGCACGAUGCCACCGCCAGGAUCAACCGCAAUACCGAGCGGGACGGGAACAGGAAGUUCUGCUGCUUCUACGACCGUCGUCACCACUAGUCUGCAGCAUGUUCCGCAGUCCCCGCGGGGCAUUGAUUCGAAGAUUAAGCGGCCACAGGUACCAGCCCCUCCACCACCGGUCGGGCGACCAAAAUCGUCCGACUCAACUGAUUUAUAA